UUCACACGUCAUCUGGCUUCACAACGCUUUAGUAGCGGCACGGAAAAGCGGAUAGCGUUGCUUCCUGAAAGUCCAAACAAAACAUGCGUUAUUGCUGUUUUAUUUAAGUUUUGAGACAGUAAAGUGUUUGAUAUUAAUCAGAAACUAGUAAUACAUUUAAAUAAGAAGAAUGGAUCAGCCGAUGCCCAAAAAUAAACUGAAGAAACUCAGUGAAGACAGUCUAACCAAGCAGCCAGAGGAAGUAUUUGACGUUCUUGAAAAGCUUGGAGAAGGAUCAUAUGGCAGUGUGUUUAAAGCCAUUCACAAGGAAUCAGGCCAGGUGGUGGCCAUCAAACAGGUUCCUGUGGAAUCAGACCUGCAGGAGAUCAUCAAGGAGAUCUCCAUAAUGCAGCAGUGUGACAGUCCGUAUGUGGUGAAGUACUAUGGCAGUUAUUUUAAGAACACAGAUCUGUGGAUUGUGAUGGAAUACUGUGGCGCUGGAUCAGUGUCUGAUAUCAUCCGACUUCGCAAUAAAACUCUUACUGAAGAUGAGAUUGCUACAGUCCUUAAAUCCACAUUGAAAGGUCUGGAGUAUCUCCAUUUCAUGAGGAAAAUCCACAGGGACAUUAAAGCUGGGAAUAUUCUACUCAAUACAGAGGGUCAUGCUAAACUGGCUGAUUUUGGAGUGGCUGGACAACUCACAGACACAAUGGCCAAGAGAAACACUGUAAUUGGAACACCAUUUUGGAUGGCGCCUGAGGUCAUUCAGGAGAUCGGGUAUAACUGUGUGGCAGAUAUCUGGUCUCUUGGCAUCACGUCUAUAGAAAUGGCUGAAGGAAAGCCUCCUUAUGCAGACAUUCAUCCGAUGAGGGCUAUUUUUAUGAUCCCAACAAAUCCUCCACCCACCUUCCGGAAACCGGAGCUGUGGAGUGAUGAAUUCACAGAUUUUGUGAAGAAAUGUCUGGUGAAGAACCCAGAGCAGAGAGCAACAGCAACUCAACUACUGCAGCAUCCAUUUAUAACUAAUGCUAAACCAGUAACCAUUCUACGAGACCUGAUCACAGAAGCUAUGGAGAUGAAGGUAAAGAGACAACAGGAGAUGCAGAGAGAGCUCGAGGAGGACGAGGAGAACUCGGAUGAGGAAGUGGAAGUGGAUUCCCAUACCAUGGUGAAGUCUGGAUCGGAAAGCGCCGGCACCAUGCGAGCCACAGGCACUAUGAGCGAUGGGGCGCAGACUAUGAUCGAGCAUGGCAGCACCAUGCUAGAGUCGGAUCUGGGUACCAUGGUCAUCAACAGCGAUGAUGAAGAAGAGGAGGUAGAUGUCGGAUCGAUGAGAAGAAAUCCUACAGCUCUGCAAGCUCCUCGUCCGUCCUUCAUGGACUACUUUGACAAGCAGGAUUCAAACAAAGCACAAGAGAGUUACAAUCACAACCAGCAAGAUCCUUACGUGAUAAAAACCGCUUUCCCUGACAACUGGAAAGUGCCGCAAGAUGGAGACUUUGAUUUUCUGAAAAACCUGGAUUUUGAAGAGCUGCAGAUGCGUCUCAGUGCCCUGGACCCCAUGAUGGAGCGUGAAAUCGAAGAAUUGCGACAGCGCUACACCGCUAAGAGGCAACCCAUUCUCGAUGCCAUGGAUGCAAAAAAACGCAGACAGCAGAAUUUCUAACUGAUUGACAGAUGACGCUUUGAAGCUGGCUGGCCAGAUCUUAAGUCUCGCCCUGUAUUUUUGCUCUUUGUAUAUUAUUCUGCACUCCUGAUGUGUGUACGUUCAGAGAAGUUCCCAGCGAGGGAAAGCGUGAUGAUACUGAAACAAUAGAAGUUCCUGCUAAACAAAACAACAAACUUUUUUCUUUCGUUCUACUUCCAUAAACUAAUUCGGCCGUCUCUACAUCUGUGGUAGAUCGUUUCUUCAUACAGUAUAUGAAACAAUGCUGAAAAUAACUGUGAACGUGUAAAGUUUAUUUGGCACAAUGCAGAAAAGCUGCUGGAUGGUCAUUUUUAGGUGUGAAUAGAUUACUAAACCAAAGACAAUCAUAUUGUGGAGAAUGCCUUAGAAAACAUGUCAGGCCUCACCAAACUUUAGUUAAUUCUGAUUCUGCUCUUUUGGGACCACUAACAGUAGAGAUUAUACUGUUAUCUACAGACCAUUAAUGCACAUAUGCUUUACAUUCCACUCAGUAUUUUUAUUAAUCGCAAAAUAACAUCUGUCCACAACGUUGUACAAAAGGCCUAUUCAUGCUAUUCAAUUUUUGCUUGAUAUUUUUCCCCUUUAUUAAAUUCCCAUCGCCUGCCAUUGGGUCCUCGUUAAGGUGGCAGAUAUUUUUGUGAAGAAGUGCUAAUUACUUAUCAUGUGCCCCUUUUAAAAGCUCAUUAUCUCAGGGGUUGCUUCGCUAUAAACUCUCUUCUUGUUCUUCAAAGAUUGUUAUUUCAGCCGUGUCCAAUAGUCCUCAUUAUGGUAAUGGUACGAUUGGUACCGUUUCGUCUAUACGUACAGAAAGCAAUAAAGCAAGCACACAGUAAUACCUGUUAUGUGAAUGGCCUUUUCACAAGAAGAAUAAAUGGUUUACUCAAUGACAAUGUUCCUGCCCUGAUUGUGGUCUUUCUGAUAAUGUCUGUAAAUCUGAGUUUGAUGUACAGCCCUCUUAAUGAAAUGGUUACUUUGUUUUUGUACAAGAGCUUACUGAUGAGAUGUUUGAAAUGCCUCGUAUGUCUUCUGGCUGUGAGUUAUACCAUUUGAUUCCACGCUCUGGCAUCUACAUAGGCACGUUUUUACUGAACACUCUAAUUUAUUUGUGCAUUACUCAUAUUAUUGUGUUAUUUUUGAAUUAAAGUCUGUUACUUAUCUU